AUGGGAAGCCAAGAUGUGAAGUUGGUUCGCUUUUGGGUGAGUCCAUAUUCUAAAAGGGUUGAAUGGGCUCUAAAACUGAAAGGUGUUGAUUAUGAGUAUAUAGAAGAAGACAUCUUCAACAAAAGCAAUCUACUUCUGGAAUUGAACCCGGUUCAUAAGAAAGUUCCGGUUCUUAUUCAUGGCAAGAAAUCCAUAGCAGAGUCAUUGAUUAUUCUUGAAUACAUUGAUGAAACAUGGAAGCAAUAUCCAUUGAUGCCUCUCCAUCCUUAUGAAAGAUCUCGUGCUCGAUUUUGGGCUGAUUUUGGUGAACAAAAGCUUUUGCAUACAGCAUUUGUUGCAAUGUGUAGCAGUGGGGAAGGUAAGGACAAGGCUGUGAAACUUGCAAGAGAAGCAAUAGAGAAGAUAGAAGAGGAGAUUAAAGGGAAGAAAUUCUUUGGAGGAGACAAUAUCGGGUACCUUGAUCUUGCUCUUGGAUGGAUUUCUUACUGGCUCCCUGUGUUUGAGGAAGUUGGGUCUAUGAAGAUAAUAGACCCAUUGAUAUGUUCAACCAUUACUGCAUGGAUGCCCAAUUUUCUCAGCCAUCCUGUGAUAAAGGAGAACUUAACUCCAAGAGACAAUAUGCUUGUUUACUUCCACUCUCGUAGAAAGACACUGUUGGGGGCAUUUCAUGUUUGA